AUGUCAUCGGCCACAAAGCCCAUCCACCGGGCAUGGUGGAAAGAGUGCUCAGUAUAUCAAAUCUGGCCGGCCUCCUUUAAAGACUCAAACAACGAUGGCAUUGGAGAUAUUCCAGGCAUUAUUUCUGCGCUGGACUACAUUAAGAAUCUUGGUGUGGACAUUGUCUGGCUUUGCCCUUCGUACAAGUCCCCGCAGGUUGACAUGGGAUAUGAUAUUGCCGACUAUUACAGCAUCGCUGAUGAGUAUGGUACGGUCGCAGAUGUUGAAAAGUUGAUUGAAGGAUGUCACCAGCGUGGCAUGAAGCUUCUGAUGGACCUGGUGGUCAAUCACACCAGUGAUCAACAUGAGUGGUUCAAGCAAUCACGGAGCUCCAAGGACAAUGAGUACCGCAACUGGUAUAUCUGGAAGCCUCCACGCUAUGAUGCGCAGGGAAAUCGGCAGCCUCCAAACAAUUGGGUUUCCCAUUUUCAGGGAAGCGCCUGGAAAUACGAUGAGCUUACAGACGAGUAUUAUCUCCAUCUAUACGCUACCGAGCAGCCAGAUCUCAACUGGGAGCAUCUGCCAGUCCGCAAGGCAGUUCAUGAUAUCAUGCGAUUCUGGCUCAAUAAAGGCUGCGAUGGAUUCCGCAUGGAUGUGAUCAAUUUCAUCAGCAAAGAUCAGGGCUUCCCGGAUGCGCCAGUUGUGAAUUCACACGUCGAAUGGCAAUGGGCAGACAAACAUUAUGCGAAUGGCCCCCGUCUUCACGAAUAUUUGCAAGAUCUUGGCAAGAUCCUCAAAGAAUAUGAUGCAUUCAGCGUUGGAGAGAUGCCUUUUGUCAAGGAUGAAAAGGAGGUCCUACGCGCGGUGCAGUUCGACCGCCAUGAGAUCAACAUGAUUUUCAACUUCGAGCACGUUGAUAUUGACCACGGCAAAUAUGACAAAUUCGAGCCUGGCAGCUGGAAACUAACUGAUCUUAAGGCCUUCUUUCAGCGGUGGCAGACGUUUAUGUAUGAGAAUGAUGGCUGGAAUGCUCUCUAUUGGGAGAAUCAUGACCAGCCGCGAUCAAUUGAUAGGUUUACAAACGCUCGUGAAGAAGAUUGUCUCGUCGCAUCUAAGAUGCUAGCCACUGCUCUUGCACUUCAGUCCGGUACCCCUUUCAUAUACCAGGGGCAAGAGCUAGGCAUGCGCAACGUUCCUCCGUCGUGGGGUAUUCAAGAAUACAAAGACAUCGACUGUCUCAACCAUUGGAAUAGAUUGAUCAAGCAGAAGCACUUUGACACAAAAGCACAGGAAAUUGCCCUUCAGGAAUACCAGAAAAAGUCUCGCGACAAUGCACGAACCCCUGUUCAAUGGUCAGAUGCCCCGAAUGCGGGCUUCACAGGCCCAGACGUCAAGCCUUGGAUGUCUGUCAACACCGACUAUGUGCGAAUCAACGCCGCAGCAGAGGUCAAGGACCCUAAUUCAACCUACCACUUUUGGGCAUCCGUGCUAGGCUUGCGCAAGAAAUACCUGGAUGUCUUUGUUUAUGGCGACUGGAAUAUUGUUGACGGUUCCAGUCAGGAAGUAUUUGGCUAUAUUCGUCAGUAUGAGAACCAGAGAGCUUUGGUCCUCUGCAACUGGACCGCGAGCAGCAUAGAGUGGGAUGCUUCUAUCAAUGGAAUCUCUGAAGUGAAGGAAGUGCUAUUGAACAACUAUGAGGGCACUUCCAAGGUCGCGCAGCGUCUGUCCGGAGGAAGCUGGCCUCUUCGGCCCUAUGAGGCAGUUGUUUUGCUUCUUUGA